AUGUGCCCAAUAUUUCGGAAAAUUGUUCCGGAAUGGUCCGCUCCGACGCACGCGCACCCAUCACCGCCGUUUCUUUGUCGCGUGCAGCAUGACGGGAAAAAUCUCCGGAUCAUGGCCACUGAUUUUGGCUCCAACACAUUUGAGGCCAUCAAAUCCUCCCAGCAGCUCGAGGACUUGAGGGAUGAUAUUGGAAUUGGUGGCUCCUGGUCUGAAUUUAUAGACUACGUCACUACUUCUCUAAAAGCUGGAGAUGUGAAGCUUAUUAUGGAGUGUUCUUCAAAAUCAGGAGGUGUUGAGUCUGCAAAAUUGGUUGCCCAAAAAGUGAAAGGAAUGCCACGAGUCUCCUUUUCCCUCAGUAAACUUGGCAAUGGUGCUUCGGGUGAGGCAAUGGCCUGCAUAGCACUUGAGCUAUACAAAGAGUAUAAGGAUGUGAAGAGUUUACUUAUUGAAGAGCAAGAGUGCAAAUAUCAGUUGACAAAAGUUGUUGCUGCUGAACGGGAAAAGAAUUCUGAUCUCCAGAAGCAGUUAGACAUGGUACUACAUUCAACAAAGCACAAGUCACAGAAGAUAAAUGACAGAGAAAUUUUAGAUCCAACAUCUGUUAUGGUUUCGCAAGAUUCUCAAGAUAAGCGUGCUGCCCAGGAGCCAAGCUCAAGAAAAGGAUCCAAACGUGUUGUACCAGCUCACCGCAGGUCCAAAGUAAGAGGAGCUGUUUUAAAUGAUGCUGAAGAUGAUGAUUAG